GUCGGAGCAGCCGACGCACUCCGCGAGCGAGCACUCGACUCUGGCGUAGAGCAACGCCUCCAAAUCCGCGAGUGGAACACAACCUGCGCCGCCGGAGCAAGGCGGAAGCGGAACUUCUAUUGCCGAGUUACCCAGGAUGCCUUGCGUGUUGUCGUUUCCUUCCGCUGUUUGCUCCCAGCACCGCCACGCCAGUCACUUCUCUCUUCAGCGCCGUUCACCUGUUGUUUUUUGAAAAGUGCGAAAUGGAUAUUUCGGCAAGCGUGCAGCGGCUUUUGCUUCCUCUGAUGAGCACACAGGAUGCGGACAAACAUGUGCCGGAACAGAGCAGAAAAAAUGACCAACGCAGUACAGGCUGUGAAUGGACAGCCGGGGAAACCAAGUUGCUAUUUGAUUAUUAUGAGCAAUACUUUGCCGAGAUUGGGCCGUUGAAAAAAUUCAAAAAUAAAAAGCUAAUGUUCAGUCGAAUUGCAGCCAACAUUACAGAGGCACUUGGAGUUCCAAAAACCGGUGAGCAGUGCUGCAGCCGCUACAAAACCGUUAUGCGUAGAAAAAGAAGUGCUACAGCACACAACAACAAAUCCGGCAAUUCCCCGUGUGAAGUGCCCUUUGAGGAUGAAGUAGCCAGAAUACGCUGGCUAGACGACAGCCUCGAGCCCGAAGAGCUGAGGGACAGCUCUGGCGUUGUUGCUGUUAAGAGGCCAGCCAGCCAGGCGUCGGCCAGCCAGGCAUCCGCCAGCCCAGCGUCGACCAGCCAAGCAUCAGAAAGCCAGGAGUCUGAAAGCCUAGCGCUGACCCAAGCACUGACAAAGGAGCCUAUGCCCAAAAGGCCUAAGCCCUCAGGUUCGAGAAUGCUGGAGAUGAAGGGCUACAAAGAAUGUGAUACCAUCAUUGCAUGA